AUGAAACUUCACCAGCCUGAUCCAGCUUCGACCUCGCCGUUCUCCACCGAGGGCGCGUCGACUGGACCGAACGAAGAUUACCUCUUGCACACAUUUCUCCAGAUGCUCAUGCCACCCAUCCUGACGCCGGUAGAAACUGGUCCCAAAUGGGCAUCUACCCGGGCAUUCUUUGCCACUCUGGCUGCAGAGUCACCCAUCGUCAAGAGUGCCAUCAUGGCUUUCGCCGCGAUGCAGAUGCAGCGCAGUGGGCUGGGUAACGACAUGGCCAAGGCAGACUGGAGGCCUUUGUAUGAGACCGCAUCCAGACAGGUAGCGAAUUGCCUAGCAAAGACGCGAGUAGUCGAGGACAGUGACCUCAGACACAUGCUCGCUGCCCUUUUCCUGCUGACUUAUACCGAUCUUCUUACGGAAAUGCUGCCACGAGCCCACACGAACCUACGCGAAGCCUAUACACUUAUUAAGAGUGCCAGCAAGACCACCUUCUCAGCACCGGAACGCCGACUCAUCUCAUGGAUGCGCCUACUUGACGCGCGCGCUGUGUCAACAGCAGGUGGAGAAGGACUCUUCUUGGCUGACACAGACGAGACCAUCUUUGAUGCGUCGCCUGCGGCCAAUCCCGGGUCAGAUCCGGACACGUCGGAUACCGAAAUCGAGGAAAUUCUGUUUGACGUGUUAUAUCAUCCCGGUAUCAUGUUCUAUCAAAAGGUGCAGUCCUUCGCCGGUCGCAUCACACGCAUUGACCCGUGGCGUCGUACACGCGGCACGGUUCAGGAUGAGACUGAAGUGAUGGCCAUCGCAGCACAGAUCUCCAAGGAUCUACAUGCACUUUACGGCCAGCGACCAGCAUUGAUGGAUCAUGCGGUUGCUGGAAACCUCACCGAAAAACACAUAGCCAAAAACUUAGCAGGCGCACUCACACGGAGUUUCCGGACCUAUCUCGCAAACUACUACGCAUCGUUCAUACACUUGCAUCGCGUUGCGUACGUGCAGUACCCAAAAACCAAGGAUGUAAUAAAUGCCAUAAUGAAUAUAAAGCGUCUGACACAUCUGAUGGCGCAGGCAGACGAGUCGCUGCCGGUCAAUGUCUUGUGGCCACUGAUGAUGUGGGGGUGCGAAGAAGACGACUUGGAGGAACGAAGAUGGAUCAUUGAAGCCAUUCGCAGUCUCGAGAGCAUCGCUACCAACGCGAAAGCUACCGCAGACCUGUUGGAAGAAGUGCAAAGACGGCAGGAUGAAGGCAAGCGAAGAGUCGACGUGCGUUUGGUCAGCCAGGAGUAUUUCGCAUCAUCAAACCAUUUCGCAAUCGUGUAA